AUGGCUUCAACAGAUACUAUUGAGAUGACUUCGUCUAAUACAACAGAACAUUUACCUUCAAUUAAUGGUGAAUCUGCUGUCACUGUGAGACCUAUAAUACAAGCAAAUAAUCAUGUUAAUUUUACUGAAAUGAUGGAUUCACCUUAUGAUCAAUUAAAACAAGAAGUAAAAACAUUAUUUACAUUUCAUCCAAAAGAAUGGAUCAGUGCAUUUCGACCCAAUCCGAAAUUUCCAUUAUUUGCUGUUGGUGAUAUCGAUGGAUUUAUUGCUUUAUUUGUGAAUAAUUUAUCAACAUUAGUAGCUAUUAUUCUUGGUCUUAAAAUUGUAUUUAAUGAUGAACUUAUCUAUGGAAAAAUUAUUCCUGGUGUAUCACUAUCGAUGUUGUGGGGAAAUUUAUAUUAUAUAUAUAUGGCAAGAAAACUUGCUUAUAGAGAAAAUCGUGGUGAUGUAUGUACAAUGCCCUAUGGAAUAAAUACACCAGGAGCAUUUGCAUUUAUUUUCAGUAUAAUAUUACCAACUUAUUCCAGUUGUAUGAAGAGUCGUAAUGAUCCACAUACAUGUCAAAACUUAGCAUGGCAUGUGGCAUUGGCGAGCAAUUUUAUGACAGGAAUUAUUCUUCUUGUAUUAUGUUUUGUUGGAGAAUUUAUUCGACGAAAUACACCUAGUGUGGCACUUCUUUCAUCGAUAUCUGGUAUUGGAUUUACUUAUUUAGCAUUAAAUGAAUAUUUACCAGUAGCCGCAUCACCGAUUGUAUCGUUUAUUCCAUUUGCAAUAGUUAUACUUAGUUACUAUGCUGGAGUUAAAUUUGGUCCAGUUCCAGUUGCAUUUAUUGCACUUGUUGUUGGUACUAUUUUUGGAUGGGCAACAUCAUUAAAUCAUGGAAGUGAUGUAAAAGAAGCAGCAGCAAUUAUUAAACGUUAUCCAUUAGUAUUUCCUGUUCAAGAAAUGUUUGCACAUAUACAUGAAAUAACUCCAUAUUUAUCAACAGUAAUUCCAACGGCUAUAUCAAUUGCGAGUGGAACAAUACAAUGUGUUGAAUCAGCUAAAAGAGCUGGAGAUUUUUAUCCAACUCGUGAAUUAAUGUUUGCAGAUGGAAUUGGAACAUUAAUCGGAAGUUUUUUUGGAUCAAUUCUUGGAAUGACAACAUUUAUUGGUCAUCCAGCUUUUAAAAAAAUGGGUGCUAAACAAGCUUAUUCAAUAGCUAAUGUUAUUACUAUUGUUUCAGUCAAUCCAAUUAUUAUAUUUAUUGGUUUGGUUAUUUGUUCUGAGACACUUGCAAUAACACCACAACGUCAUUAUCCAGCAUUUCUUCUUGGUAUUAUGCCUAUUAUAGCUGAUUGGACUAAAGAUACAAUAAUAAGUGGUGUUUCAGGUGCUUAUACACGAUUUGUUGUUCCUGAUGCGGAUUUGAUCGUAAUGGGUUUAAUUAAUGCCCCACGUUUUCGAAUUUUGAAAGAAAAACCUGAUGAUGAUGGUUGGAAAGUUACUGUUGCUUAUUUGAUGUUAGCAGUUUUCUUUGGUUGCUUCGAAUUUGCUCAACGACGACGUUGGGUAAAACAGCCGGAAACAGAACCCGAUGAUGUACCUGCGGUAGCAUGGACCCGAUGGAAUCGACAAAGAUUAUUAUAA